AUGGUCCUCAGCAGAUUAGGGGAGCUCGACGUCGGGCAGGUCGCGGCCACCGGCAGGCGGCGCUCGUCGGUGUGUGCUGGUUCCAUGGGUACGGCGUGGCCGCGCGGCAAGGCACAGACUUUGGGGCUGAGCGGCGCUGCCGUGGCGAGGAGCCGCACCCGUGCCGUCACGCUGCCGUGGCAGAACGGGGCCGUGGCGCGAUGGGGCAGAGCAGCGAAGUCGGCGUGGGAGGGGCGGGGAGGGGGACAGGGCGUGUGGUGCGGCUGUGCGAGCGACGUGUGGAGAAGAUGGGGAAGGAUCGUGGACGUGCGACGGUUCCUUGGGCGCCGCGCGUGA